AUGAUGAGAGUGACUGAAGAAAAUACUCAGCCACACAUCGACACUCAUAGUCAAAUACCCCAUAAUUUAGAGAAUGCACUGAAGAAUGUAAAAAUAUUACCUUUGGGAAUGCCUGAUUUACCAACUAAAAUAUUGGAUGGAGUUACUAUUAAUUGUUCGAAUAUGGAGAAUUUAAAAGCGACUUUCGCAAAAUAUCGUGAAUCAACUUCAUCAAUUGUCUGCAAAUCCGAUGAUCUUAUAGGAGCAGAUAGAUUAAUAAGGGAUAAUCAAAUUGAGACAUUAUAUGUUCUUAUUGAUGAAAAAGAUGAAGAUAUCAAGGAAUGGCAAAAUAGUUUUGUAUCUGCAAAUAUAAUUGAAGUUCAUAUUUGA